CCAGCCCUGGUCCGCAUACAGCCACGCGUCGUGGUGUCGUCACGUCGUCUGGUUUAUGUUAUAAAUUGAGUAAUUUAAAGCCCACCACAAUUGAAACAGGAUGCUCCCUCAAUUGCAUAACAGCGUUUUUGCAUAAGUGUGUGUGUGUGCGUACGGCCAGGGAGGAAACACAAAUACAUACUAAUCGACGGAUCGUUUCUCAUUUCAUCUGGCUUGCUCAUUAACAAUAACUGCUAUAAUCAAAUUCGAUAUUCGCUGCAUAUUGCAUUUUCGCUGGACUUAAUUGGUUAAUUGUAUAAAUUGGCUGGAACGACGCCGGAGAAUUGUUUUGAUUGCCAGCUAUCGUAUACAUCGAUAACUAAUUAUACGCGAUAGUUACCCAUCACCCACAGUAUUCAUUUGAACAAGCUUAACAGAAAUAAGUAACAGCUUAGCAAACUGUUAAGUUCUUGGAUGCCAGAAAUAUAACAUUAAACAAACAGUGACACUUACAUAACGCGCAGUCACAGUCGUACGUCGAGUGAUAUGGCCGUGUUUCUGAUCAACAUCUGCAAAUUCAAUGGCUGUUUUAAAACUUUUCCAAGUCUGAACGACUUAAUAUCACACAUCGAGGGUACACACAUAGACUAUGAUCCUCAGGUGGUCGAGCAAAAAGAGCUGGCACCGCCUGCGUCUUUGCCGUUGAGCUAUGUGCUCCGCUACAUCUCAGAUGAUGCUCGCAAGGAGACAUCCACUUUCCUAAUCAACAACACCAGCAGCAACAACAACAGCACCAACAAUGCCGGCAGUGGCAAUGCGGGCAAUGCGGAGCUCAAGCGCAAGCUUGCGAUUAAGCAUCAUAGCUAUAGCAUGUCAUCGUCAAAUCGCAGCAAUACGCCCACAGGCAGUGAAAUGGACGAUGAUGAAAUGGUUGUUUCUGAAUCGGAGGACAGCAAUGACUCUUGGACCACCGAGGAGUUUAGCUCUGAGUUCAUUAUGCGUUAUGGCAGCAGGCAUUCCGGUGGCGGCAGCAAUGGCACGCCUGGCAAUGAGAAACCGUUUGCCUGUCCGGUUCCUGGCUGCAAGAAGCGUUACAAGAACGUGAAUGGAAUUAAAUACCAUUCGAAGAAUGGCCACAAAAAGGACGGCAGAGUGCGCAAGGGCUACAAGUGCCACUGCGGAAAGAGCUAUAAAACGGCGCAAGGCCUGAAAAAUCAUGCGCUUCACACCCACAACUCACAGCCGGAGAGCGUGCUAACCACGCAGCAGUUGGCUAGCUUAGCGGUAGCCGCUGCGGCGGCAGCAACUGCCGAUAAUGUGGGCAGAUGCAAGGCCGAUAACAACAACAGCAGCAAUGGCAGCAGCCUGACUGGAAGCAACAAUGCCAACAACAAUGUUGGCCUGCUGCAGCGCAGCAAUUCGCCAUCGCAAUCACUUGGCUCGCUGAGCCCAUCCAGCAGCAACAUGUCGAGCAGCACCAGCGCCAGUUGUCAUGGCGCAGGCAGCUUGGGCAGCAAUAAUUUGUCCAGCAAUGCUGCUACUGCCAGCAAUAUGUUGCAGCAGCUAAGCAAUGGCAACAUUGUGACUGUAACAAAUUUGCCCCAACAACAGCAACAGCAGCAACAACAACAACUUGCACUGCCACAGCAGCAGCAGCAACAACAGCAGCAGCAGCAGCAACAAAUGAACGUCAGCACACAGUCGCCAAGCGUAACAGCAACAACAGCAACAGGUAACAGCAACAACAGUUUAAUGCGCAGCACACUCGGUUUAGUAUCCAUUAAAGCCAACAACAACAGUAAUGUUGCCGCUGUUGCUGGCGGCAACAACAACAACAACAACAUUACCAAGUCCGUUAAUUUAAUAGCCGCCAAUGCCACGGCCAACAAAAUACUCAAGUUGGCCACCAAUGUGGCAAACGGCGUGGACAUUGCACAGCAACACAAAUUGGUUGACAGCAACAAUAGCCUGUCGAAGGCCAACGGCAGCAAUGUAGCCAACGUGGCAACAGCUGUCGUCCCCAGCAGCUGCAGCACGCCCACUAAAAUCACGCUGCCCAACUUGGUUAACCUGGGCAUACUGACGCCGGCCACAUCGCCCACCAAGAAUACACAGACGUUGACUUUCACUACCACGGCCGCCAGUCAGCAGCAGCAGCAACAGCAACAGGCUCUGGUGGCAACACUCACGACCAACAUGUUGCAGCAGAACCAGAAGCUGCCAAACAUAACCAAGACCAACAUAUUGCUGCUGCAAGAGCCAACCACAACUAGCACCCAUCUGAUACAGUCAUCGUCGCAGCAUCACCAACAGCAGCAGCAGCAACAGCAACCACAACAACAGCAACACCAACAUGUGCUGCCAAUAAGUCCCACCAGCAGCAGCAGCAGCAAGAGCAGCUCACCCACACCGCCCCAACAGCAACAGCCGCACAAAAGCUCAAAUGCUGCUGUCCUGAAGCAAAAACAUGUCAUGACAGCUGUGGCAGCAACAAGUGCUUCAAGCGUCGAACCCAUGGACACAGAUGAGGCACCACAAUUGGCCAGCGAUGCACUAAUGUUGACGGACAGCAGUCUUUGCUCAGCGACUGCAGCUGCUGACGGCAAGGAUAUUAUGCCUUCGACAAUGACAACGGCCGUCAAUUCGGGUACCAUCACAGUGGCAGCCAUUGAAGUUGUUGGUGCCGGCGUUGUCAACACCGAAACGUAGCCUAUACUCAAGCAGCUACUAAUGCGGCGCCAAUGCUCGCUGGAGGCGACGCCGGCUCCUCCAACUUAAACAGCCAGCGUCGCUCCUCGUAUACGAACAAAAACAACAACAACAAAAACAAAAUAAAAGAAGAAAACAAACAAGAAGAACAGCAAACAUUCUAACAAUACACUGUAAAAGAACAACAUUGUUCGCACUGCUUAGUUAAUGUACUCAAUUUGUAGUUAUAAAUUUAAGGUACGCCCCACCCCUCUGGCUGAUACAGAGGUAGAAAGUGUGUGUGGGGGGUGGGCCGUCGACACUCACCAAAACCCAUUGGAAAAACAUUUUUUAGACUGCUUUUUAAAUAUUUUUUUCGGCUUAUAUUGUCCAGAGCCUAUAUAAGUUGUGUCUUUAAAAACAUUUGUAUUAUGUAUUAUGAAAACGCGAAUCGUACAGAUUGUGCAAUAUGAUUUUGUAUACAACACUUUAGUUAGCGAUUAACGGCUGAUCUCCAUUUAAUUUAAUUAGACAUAGUAAUAUAUAGACGAAGCGAUUGCAUAUAUUUAUGCAACCCAUUGUAAUAAACUGCAAAACUUUUGAAUUUAA